AUGGAAUUUGAGGAUCAACUUUUACUCUUAAUGAUUUUCUAUUGGUAUGUACGUCGUAAACGCAACUAUUUAUCUAGAGUUAAAGAUAAUACAUCAACUCUAUCUGGUGCAAGAUACACUUUGGAGUUGUUAUAUGGCUCAAAUCGACAAUGCAUAGAGUUGAUGCGGAUGUCCCGUGAUGCAUUUGUUCAUUUGUGCAAUCAUUUUAGACAAAGAGAAUGGAUUAAAGAUAGUAAGCAUGUAUCAGUUGAAGAAAAGAUAGCAAUGUUUUUAACUAUCAUAGCACAUAAUGAGCGAUUUGUUGUCAUGAAGCGAAGAUUUCAACACUCUUCACAAACUGUUCACAAAUAUUUUCACGAGGUUCUUGAAGCAAUGAUGCAUUUUGCAAAAGAGAUGAUAGUACCCACAGUUGAUCUUGAUUCCAAUAUUCCAGCUGCUCAAAAAAAUAUUAGAAAAAUUUUCAAGGGGGCAAUUGGUGCACUUGAUGGAACACUAGUGCAUGCUGUAAUCCCACUUGAUAAACAAACUGCUUAUAGAGGAAGAGGAAAGGGAUGGGAAGGAGUAGCACAUGAUUCGCGAGUUCUAAAAGAGAUAGUAGCCAAUCCAAAUAAUUGUUUUCCAUUUCCUCCUCCAAAUAAGUAUUACCUAUGCGAUGCAGCAUAUCCAUGCUCUCGGGGAUUUUUACCUCCUUAUCACAAUGUUCGAUACUGGUUAGGAGAUUAUCGCCGUAGGCGUGCUGUAACAAAAGAGGAGAAGUUUAAUCAUGCUCACGCUCAACUUAGAAAUGUUAUCGAACGUUCAUUUGGAGUUUUGAAAGCAAGAUUUCCAAUACUAGAUAAGAUGGCUCCAUAUGAGUUUCAUGUCCAAAGAGAUGUUGUUAUUGCAUGUUUUGCAAUUAACAAUUUUAUCAGGAAGGAGCGUAUCAAUGAUGAAUUAUUCAAUCAAUUUGAUCAACCUCAAGUAAUCUUUGAGGAAGGACCAGAAGAACAAAUAAUGGAGGAAACAAAUGAACCCAGUUGGAGACCAGAAGAUGCACAGUUCAUGAACAAUUUGAGAAAUGAACUUGCAUUAAAGCUAAUGCAAAAAAGAGGAAAUAAUUGA